AACUGUGAGUCGAGUCAUUCAUCGAAGAACCCAUGAGGGUUCAGGUUUCCACGCCGGUCAGCGUGGAUGGAUAGGGAUCGGGAUCGUUUGUCUUCUUUGGCGUGCGGCUGCUCGACAAGAAGCAACGAUACGGAUACCUUCGUCCAUAGGAGAGAUGAGUUUUGCUUUUCCAUCCUUUUCCAAUUGUGAGCUUCCGGAGCCUUGAAAGCGUUCCGAAACGCGAGGUUGACUGAGUCAUGUUCCCGCAAGACUCUUACUGCCCUGGAUCAAAGCUCUAACCUUAACAUUUCCAGUCUAAGAAUUUAUUUGAUAAAAGGUAGCCUGGCCUGGGAGGAAGGAACGAGUGACAGUCUGAUACCCAUGUAGCUAGCUCUAGUUGAUAUACUGUACCGGUAGCAGAGCCUGAUGUGUUUUAGAGCCCGUUGGCUGCAGUUGUGAGCUCGUGAGCUUAUGAGCUUCACUCAAGCUGGUGUAUCGGUACAGUACUAUGGCUCGAUCUUUUUAUGAAAGGUAGCCUGAGGAAGGAUACCGUACGAUGUAGUCAAUACCAGUAGCAGAGAUCUGUGGGCAAUAGUUAUUUGUUGUGGGCUGAAACCGAGCUACCGGUACGUACUCUCUACUAGAGUCUAGCUAUUGGUACAGUAGCGGGAAAGCGUUCUCAAACGCGAGGUUGAUGGAGUCAUGUUCCCGCCUCUACUUACGGGUACUUUUUAAUCUCUAACCUUAUUUAGCGAUCCGUGAGUCCAAGUUCAAGUACGUGUUCCGCGUGGAUAGUGGGAAAGGAACGCACUUUUAUCGCUGUGACAAGAUGCGGGCUGAUGCAACAACAGGUGGCCUUGAUGACGAGGCACUGUCUUUGUGAAUGAUGUGUUCAAUUCCUCUUCUGCAUUAUUCUCUAUUGCUGAGUGAGUAUCUUCGGACGGACCAUCAGCAUUCUAAUGCACGGAGCACCGACUUACUCAUCACUGUUGAUGACCUACCAGGUAGACUACCUCCUCUACACGACCACUGACCGAGCCCUUUAUCUCUAACAAUCACUGGCUACCAAGCUUGCUUGCAUACCCACGGUCUACACCACGCAGAAUUGCACCACACACAGAUUCUGAAUUGGCCGAUAGCAUUCGAUUCUACUAGCUACCAGUAGUCAUUCCUGCACACAUCAGCCAUCAGAAAAGCAGAACAGAGGGUAUACCUUAUCAGUCCACACAAGUUAUUCUCUCCAGUCUCUCAGAUCCUUCCUACUAGGCUCCAACGAGAAUCCAAAUAGUAUAGCACAAGAAAAACCAGCACCAUGAGCAUGAUGAGAACGCCAAUACAGCGCUUCAACCUUGUCUUAAUAUCAGCAGCACUGUUGCUGAGUCAGCAGUCACUGGCAAACGCCCUGAUCACUCACAACACUCGAAGUAUCCGACCAUUGACGACGAGAACUCCUACUAGCACCACUCCUCCGUCUGUGGGUAUCAUCACCACUCGACGAUAUGCUUCCUUACAACCGAAUCCUUUUGACGACAAGAAGAAGGGAUCGUUUUGGUCUCCUUCCGAGGAACGAUCCAGUCCCCUAAAAGUACGGCGGCGGGUUCGAUCGGCCUUUCAAAAGUUUGGUCGAGGCAGCAAACUCUCAUCGGGUGAGUCGGAUACCGCUGAAAAGACCACAUGGUCUCGACCGGGAGAAAAGUCCAGUGCGUUGGGAGUGCGAAGUCGUGUGAAAGCCGUCUUGAAAAAGGCCAAGUCGAGGACGGGCAUUCAAAACUCGUCGGAAGAGGAACCGGCAGGCCUUUGGGUCGCCGAAGUCGCAUCCAUUGGAGGACUAUCCGAAGAAAGCGAUCUGGUCAUCAAGGCAAGAAAUGGCAAAGCCAAUGGUAAACCAGUCAAUGGAGCAGCAGCCGCUCCGAAUGGUAGCAGCAAGAGCAAUGGAGUGGUGGUGAAUCAUCCCAGUGCCACCAGUGCCAGUAAAUUGAGGGCGGCGGCUGUGGUGGAUCUCGAAGUGCACGGUAAAACUAGCAGCAGCAACUCUCGCGGGAACUCGACCGUGGUGGACGGACUGCGAGCCGAUGUUCCCACGGUACCACCCGAGCCUCUUCCCUUUACACUUCCCAAACUCACGCCCGAACAAGAAGCACAAUUGUUGGCGGGAGAGCGCGUCCAAGAACAGUCCAAAAUGGGACGCGAGGGAUCCGGUUAUGUCGUCAUGGAUGUCAAAGCACCGCCCUUUAUCAUUUGGGAAUGUCUCUUGGACUUUGAAAACUAUCCCGAACUCAUCAAAACGGUACGAUCCAUGGAAAUGUUUACCAGCAACAAAUUGAAAUCCGGGUAUCACGCCGAAAAACCCGUACCGGCAGGAACCAAUCGACAAAUACGACACUACGGAAUACCCAGUGUUACACGAGCCGCCUUUUGUCUCUCCAAGUUUCGAUUGAACAUUGCUGCCAUUCACAAUUAUCGUCCUCAUCCCGAUGGACACUACAUGGUCUUCAACUUGGAUCCCGAAUGUACCAAUAUGGUCUUGCAAAGUGCGAAGGGAAUCUGGUACACAGAAUCCCAUAUUGACGGACGGGGAGAGGAGUAUACCCGUGUUUGGUUGCUCUGCAGUCUAAAGGUAUCGUCACUACUGCCGAAAUUCAUUGUCGACUACACUGCCAAGAGAGCCAUGCCAAGAGCCACCAAUUGGCUCAGACCUCACAUUGAACCAAUCGCCGAAAUGUGGGCCGAAGAAGAACGAAAACAUGAGGCAAAAUAAACAAGAAGAUGGGACUUGCAGACCCUGCAGCAAUCUAUCGCCUCUCUUUGUUUCGUCCCUGUAACUUGCAAGGAUGCCAACAUGGUUUUGUCGUUUGCCCUCCAGCUUCCAAUUCCCACAUCAAAUCGGCAGUGUGGCCAUUCACGAAACGCCCGCUGCCGAGAACACUUACUUGGCUACAGUACAGGCAAGUGUUGGGUCAUUUAUUUGCUGCUUGGCAAAACAGUCCAUGCCAAGUUCAAAGGCCGACGAAUUGCAUUGGGCUUCGUCCAUCACCACCUGUUUUAGAGAGGCAGGUAAGACUGCUCCAUUGUAGAUAUUGAACAUAAACAACAACAUAGCCGCAAUCAGUUUUAUACCCUAAUCACGCACGUACCAAUUUGCCUCGUUUGUAAAUGCAGAUGAGGUCAGACAUAGGCAUCCAACGUAAGGGAUUACGCCUGAUACCGGUGCCCCCUCGGAAUUUUCACCAAUUCUAGCUAACCAACAAUUGGCUGGAGUACCCCAAUAAUGACACUUUCAUUUCAAGGAAAGGUUUGUGUUGUGAACCGCGCAACGGAAACCAUACGUAAGGUUUAGUUU